CACUCUCCUAACUGUCACUCAGAACACUGCCUCUCAGUACAGUGCCUGUCCAGGCUUUGGAUGAUGGACCACUGGCUCAGGAGCUGGGAGAGCUAUUUGAGGGCCAAGUGAAAGCCUCAUUUUGUGAUUCAGGCACCAGGCAAAUACAGUUUUGUGAGGAAACGUCAGUUGCCUGUGGCUUUGGUUUUGUUUUUGUUCUUGAGUGCUUUGAAAAUCUUGCUGCCUGUUCUCCUUAUGAUUUGCAAGCCACUGGAGAGGAAAUCAACUUGGUUAUCUGAGCACCCUCUAGUGCCUCUCAGCUCUGCAGGAAGACUCCUUUCCUCGGAGGAGUCCAAACUUUAUCAAAAAGACAAAUAUUUCCUUUUCUCUUCAAAAUGAAAAUGGACUUGGAGGUCAGCGAACCAAUAGACUUUAGUUCUGGAGAUCAUCAACAUCUGAUUCGGAAGGCAGCAGAUAAAAGUAUCCAGUCCGGAUCUGGUGAGCGCUACCCACCUUCAACUUCAGCUGGGCCACAAGAACCUCAGGAGAAGCCACGGUCAAAGGAAACUGAGCGGUCGAAUGUCUAUGUGAUACAGAUUUCAGAUGACGUCACCCCAGGUGAUAGCAAUGCAACUUUAGGCAAUCCAUUCUCGGAAGCAGCAGUCCGCAGAGCUUUCAUUAUCAAAGUGUUCCUCAUCCUGUCAGUUCAGUUGGUGAUCACUGUGGUAAUUACCAGUGUGUUCAUUUUCUGGAAGGCUUUAAAAGUUUGGGUGGUCAAUACCCCCUCGUUCAUCUAUUUAAUCUUCCCAGCAUUUUUUGCCGUGUUUAUUAUGCUUGCUUGCUGCGGGAAUCUCCGCCGUCAGGUCCCCGCAAAUUACAUUCUCCUGGGAGUGUUUACAGUUCUUCAAGGUCUGCUGCUAGGAGCCGUAUCAGUUUUCUACAAGGCCAAUGAAGUGUUAUGGGCAACAGCAGCAACCGCUCUGGUGACACUAGCACUCACUCUGUUUGCUCUACAAACUAAAUGGGAUUUUACCUUGCUAAAUGGAGGACUGUUCGUUUUCUGCUUCGUGCUUAUAGUCUAUGGAAUUAUCUUAAUCUUCGUGCCAUUAUAUUGGCUGCAUCUAUUGUAUGCUGGACUCGGAACUGUGAUCUUCUCACUCUACUUGGUGAUGGAUGUGCAGCUCAUGCUGGGAGGGCACCACCAUUAUUCCCUGGACCCUGAAGAGUAUGUUUUUGCUGUCCUGAACAUCUACUUAGACAUCAUCAACCUUUUCCUUUUUAUUCUGCAUCUGAUUGGACUGGGACGGUAGUCACACAGCCAAGGCUGGCUCGUGCAGAGAAGAGGAAGGAGGGGUGCUGUGAAGUGCUGCCAGCCUCAGACAUGCAGAAGUCACCACUUCAGAAGCUCUUUUAUU